AUGAUCGAGAAGGAUAUGGAGGAGUUAUGGUGUACUCCGAGGUUGGACCAUCUGUGGAAGACUCUUCAAAAGUGUGCAGGUUCAUAUCAAUCAUUGCAACAGACACAUUCAGAGAUAACGGGUCACUUUGAACAACUGAUCAAGGUGAUCAUCGCUGAGGAGCACAAGAUCAAAACACCAAUCAAUGCUCAAAUGUCACACAUUCAAUCAACAAUCAACAACAUCAUCAAUGAGAUCAAAGACAUCAAUCAUAUCAUCAAUAUCCAAUAUCCGACGACAACAGAUAACAACAACAGUGAUAAUGAUAUAACACCAUUAAUUGAAUCGAUCACACAGUGCAAGACUAUUGAUGAGUUCACCAACAUCAUCACUCAAUCUGAUAUUGAUACACAACAACAACAACAACAAAACAAGGUCGAUGAUGAUGAUGAACUGUUGUCAAUGAUCAUUCGUCACCGUCAACACAUUGAUCAGGUGCCCUAUAAAGGGACGGAUGAGAUGAUGUUGCAACCCAGCCGUAUAGAGACUAAUGUCAUCGUGUUGAACGGUGUCAGGAAGCAGAUCGAGUCUUGUUUCAAACUCAUUCAACAUGGAAGCGCUGGCAUAUAUGAUGGCCACAUCAUGUCUCUGACUGGCGAUCAAUGCUCAGUAUUCUCGCUUGAUACGUUCAAAUGGACAUCAUUAGACAGGGCAUUCAAACGAUCAUUCAUGAUCUCAGCUUUAUCAAUUGCCUAUGCCCGUGGACAUAUCUAUGUGUUUGGCGGACCGGACAAAAAGUCAUACUCUCGAUACUCUCUGUUCGAUGGUCAAUGCCACACUGCACCAUUGCCAAGUGAGGAUGAGCCAUUUAACAUCACAACUGCAUGCUACGAUGGUCAAAAGUACAUCUACGUCACCGGUGAUUAUGUAACAAGAGAGAACGAUGGGGUAUACCGUCUCAACGUCUUGACUCAAGAGUGUGACAUCUAUGGAACACUUCCAUGCCAUUUGGGGUUUGGCAGAGCCAACUUCAAGGCCGACUCCAACUCACUGGUUAUCGUUGGUGAAGAGAAAAUCAUUAUGUUCAAUGUCGAGACAAAGGAGUCUAAUUAUUUCUACGUACCAUCAGAGACUGAUCCAACUGAUGCCCAUUACAUCUACGAGAGUUGCUUCGAUGGUCAAGACGACCUAUACCUUUUGGCUGCUGAUGGCGAAAUCGAAGACGAUGAUGCUGAUCGAUUCAUUCGAUUCACAUUGUCCACCAAGAAAAUAACCAAGUUGGCCAUGUGGCCAAAGCACAAAAAAUUCCAUCGCUUGAUCUAUGAUCAAUCGUUUGGAAUCAUCUAUAUGGGCGGAAGACAAAGCAAGAACUUUCAAUACUCUAUACCAGAUGAUCACUGGUCUCUGAUCACUGAUGGAAAUCUCCCUUUAAAGGGUAUUAUACAGAAUGGAGCAUGCUUGAUUCGAGAUCACUGA